AUGACCCGGAUACACCACUGCAUGGAAAGCACUGCAAGCGCCAUACAGAUAAACGCCAACGCAAAGCACCAGCGCUCACUACGGCACGCUAGAGUGAGGAGGGGGCUGGAGCCGUCACGUGUGUCUGUUGUAGAUGAGAAAUCCUCGUCCAGUGGCCCGCCGGAUCUUCAGGUUCACCUUGUUUCGUCAGUGAUUCACCCGGUAUUCAUCCAGUUUCUCUCCGAAGAUGGGGACCCCCUGGUGUGUUCAGAAGAUGGGGACCCCCUGGUGUGUUCGGAAGAUGGAGACCCCCUGGUGUGUUCGGAAGAUGGGGACCCCCUGGUGUGUUCAAAAGAGGGGGACCCCCUGGUGAGGUCAAAAGAUGGGGAACCCCUGGUGUGUUCAGAAGAUGGAGACCCCCUGGUGUGUUCAGAAGAUGGAGACCCCCUGGUGUGUUCAGAAGAUGGAGACCCCCCAGUGAAGUCAUCAGGUGAUCACAUUGUUCCGGGUCGGUGUCAUAUUGUCCUUCCAUUACCUUUGACAGCACCUUUGGAUGUGUACGAUGCCCAGCAGGCCAGGAUCUCUGCCUCUCUCAGCUGGCUCAUCUACAAAAGCUAUGGCAGAGAGGUCCCCGAGGAGCUGGUCUCCCCCUGCUACACAGACCAGUAUGAACAGGAACACGUGAAGCCAGCCGUGAUCAGCCUCUUACUGUCCGCAGAUGUGUACUGCAGAACGUACCGCAAGGCAUUACCCCACGACCACUCCCCUCCUAGAGACAAUGCAGCCCUCCUGCUACUCUUUGCUCGGAAGGGGUCUUCUCCGGUGCACCAGGGGGAGCCAGUGAAGACCAUUGACCUGAGAGAGAAGCCCAUUCGUAUGGCCGCCCACCUCGCUGUCAUUGACUCUCUGAUGAUUGUGUAUUCAAGCCACUGCUCGGAGUCCCUACCUGCCGGUGAAGAGCCCGGCCUUCCUGGAGUGGAGAGUAAACUGCUUGCUUGGGUUGAUCAGAUUAACCGCCAACUAUUGGAGGAGGCCGAGAGGGAACAAGGGCGGAAACAGCUAUCUGCCCCGGAGGGACCCAACCAGGCCGGGUGCCCCUCCCGCUGGUACUGGAAGCUGGUCCCUCAUGCCAUCGCUUUUUGUUUAAAGGAGUCUGGGAAUAAGCCUCCUGUGAUUCGCUAUCGGAAGGACAAGGCCCUGUCUAGGCAGACCCCAUGCUUCACCUCAGUGUCUUCCAUCAGAGACCUGUCUAAUGGGAGCGCACUGGCUGCCACCGUCCACUACUACUGCCCGGGCGAGCUCCGGCUGCAAGAUGUCUGUCUGAAGGAUACUAUGUCUGUCGCCGACAGUCUGUACAACCUGCAGCUCAUCCUAGAUUUCUAUGCCCAGCAUCUACCUCCAUCUUGUCCUCUGUCCCUGGAAGACUUGCUCUACGUGCCCACGACUCUGCGGGUGAAUCUUGUGUCACUCUUGGCGGAUCUGUAUUACUGCUUUGAAGUCACCAAACCAGAGUUUGUACAGCCUAAAGAUCUGCAGUCGAGCAUCGACAGCACCACACCCACACCUACCAGUGCGCACAGCGGAGGGGGUUCUCCUGUCUUUAACUUCCGACCCGGAACCACAGGAUCUCUUCCUCACUCUUCAUCAAUGUCUCAUAUGGAAGGAUUUGGAAAGUCCUGGGCGAAAAAUCCUUUAAGCUCACCGCUGUCCCAAGCUGUUUCCUUCAGCAUACCAUUUGGCCUUGACAGUGAUGUCGACAUUGUAAUGGGGAACCCUGUGAACAUUCUUCGUUCUGUCAGCUCGGAUAGCCUUACAGCUCCGGUGUACACUCCCUCUUCCCCAAAAUCUCCCAGAUGCAUUACUCGAGCCAGCUACACCCCUCCUGAGGAUGCAGCUGAAUUUCCAAUGCAACCACGCACCUUUAAAAAGGUACCAUUGACUGGAAAGUUCACCCCAGACCUGCAGGUUCAGGAGAAACCAGGUGGUGGACAAGGGACGCAAGCAGAAUUGCCCACCAUUGAAGAAGCACUGCAGAUCAUCCACAGUUCCGAGACUCGGCUGCACCCAGAGGGAGCACCAGAUGGUUUUUACCUUCACUCACCAGAAGAGUCAAAGCCAUCCAAAGUAGAGGAUGAUAUGGUACCGGAUCUAGGUGUGUACAGGACACAUGAUACUUCUAGAAGACUGUCUAGAGAUGAUGACUCUGUGCUAAGAGACAAUAGCCUGGACUCUGAUCUGGAUGAGAAUAAGGCAACCCAAGAGUCCAGUCGCAGCUCUCUUAGCUCACAGGCGGAUUCCUCGGCUGGAUCCGGUACAAAGAUGACAAGUUUCGCUGAACGCAAGAAGAAACUUGAUGCCAAAGUUAGCUCGGAUGCUUUCCCAUCUACUACUGCACCCAAUACGACCACAUGGGCCCAAAAGGCAGAGGAGUCUCCUGUGAAGAGCCCAGCUUUAAACUCUGAGAUGAACCAGCUUGGUGCCAGGCUUGAAGAGAAAAGAAGGGCCAUCGAAGCCCAGAAAAAGCGAAUUGAAGCAAUCUUUGCAAAGCAUCGACAGCGUCUUGGGACGAGUGCCUUCCUUCAGUUGAAAAAUAAAGAAGGGGAGGAUGAUGGUGACGAGGAUGAUCUGAAAUUGUCACCGGAUGAGGGCCUUCCUAAAGAGUUAGAGGAAAGACGGAUUAAACAAAAUGAUGAGGAAAAUAAUCAUGGGACGAUGAAUGACGGUUCUGUAAAACCACGGGGAGAAAAACAAGUCAGCUUUUCUCCUGAGGUGACAAAAGCUGGACUAGACAACAACCUCGGAGACUAUAAUAAAGCAGUAGCAAAAUUAAAUACAGCACUAUCAUCUCUACAGACCGACAUGAAAAGACUGUCUGAUCAGCAGGAUAAGUUCAUGAAGAAAGAGAGCAAAGCUUGGGUUAUCCCAGCUCCAAAGUCCUCUCCUCCACCCCAUCGACCCAGGUCUUCACCUCCUACUAGACUUACAAGGGAGUUCCAAACUCCCCGUUCCUCAUCUGCAUCUCCUUCUCAGUCACCUUCACGAAUAACUCCUAAGUCCCCCCAACCCAAUACCAGGAGGUCUCUGCAACCUGUGCCUGUAACGCCCAAAAUUCCCAAAAAUAACAGGCCAGUAGAGCUUAAGCUUCCGCCUCUCAACAGAGUCCUGACUCCACCCCAAAAUGUGGACACCAUACCUCAUUUGCGCAAGUUCUCUCCUAGCAAAGUUACAGUCCAGACAAGAUCCUCUCUACAUUUUACACAUAAUAUGAGUGGAGAAGAUGAAAAUGAAGAGACCCUGCCAUCUAAUGAAGUCCAUGGAAACAACUUGCGCCCGGUAGCCUCGGUGGUUCCUCAGAGUAGUGGUGUCGGGCCACUGGCUGGGGAGGAAAGGGAAGGGAAGAGGAGCAGUUUGAUUGAGAUCCCGUUGUCUGAUCUGCAACCGACAGAAGACUCAGAUUCAGAAGGAAUGGACUCACUAGACGCAACUCUGGCAGAGGACGGUGCAGCACAGAGAGGACUCGGAUUCUUCUUUAAGGGUGAGGCGAGGACAGAGGUGGAGAUGUCUCAGAGGAGGGCGGCCUUGCUGGAGAAGCAGCAGAAGAGGAUGGAAGAAGUCAAAAGACGGAAACAGUGGCAAGAUGAGGAAAAAGAGAAAAAAGAGGAGGCCAAGUAUCAGCAGCAACAACAACAGCAGAAGCAGCGUAAGGAUGAAGAGUCCAUUCACCGUCGCGGUGACUUCACAAAGCUGGAGUAUCAGCGUCGGCACCAGCUGAAGAUCAUGGAAGACCUGGACAAGGUUCUUCGGCAGAAACCCAUGACAGUCCGGGCUGUUAAGAAGCCUCGACCCAAGACAGUCUUCAACGAUGACUCGAUGAUCGCCCGAAGCCCUGUCAGAGGAUUGCUGGGUUCCAAGCUGAGUAAAGUUUAUUCUCAGUCCACCAUGUCCCUCUCCACGGUGGGGACUGAAAAUGGCAUUGGAUCAAUGAGAAGGUCUCCCAGAUCUCCAAGAGCGGUCUCUCCCUCUGGUCUCAUGUCCCCCAGCCGGGGUCUCUUCUCUCAGAAUGGAGAUAAGGAUUGGGAGACUGGAUCCACAGCAUCAUCGCCGGCCUCCAUCCCAGAGUACACCGGGCCCAGGCUGUACAAGGAACCGAGUGCAAAAUCCAACAAAUUCAUCAUACACAAUGCGUUAUCUCACUGCUGCCUGGCAGGCAAAGUCAACGAAACUCAGAAGAACAAAGUCUUCGAGGACAUGGAGAAGAGCCAAUCCAACCAUUUCCUCAUCCUGUUCCGUGACAACAGUUGCCAGUUCCGAGCGGUCUACUCCUUUUCGCCCGAGACGGAUGAACUGACCCGUCUGGCAGGCUAUGGCCCCCGCGCGAUCACCUUGUCUAUGGUGGAAGAAAUCUACAAAUACAGUUCUGACAGAAAACGCUUCACCCAGAUCCCUAGCAAAACCAUGUCCAUGAGUGUUGACGCCUUCACCAUACAGGGCCAUCUGUGGCAGACCAAGCGACCCACUACACCGAAAAAAGCCAGUACCCCCAAAUGAAUGCCCCCCUGCAGCCUCCAGCAUGCUACUAGGCAGAUGGUUAAUUGUAUCCAGUGUUGGGAUCUUAUGUUCUGUUUCUGCCUGUUUUUGAGCUAGG